AUGCAUUUUUUCUGCGUAUGUAUCGCUUUCGUCAGCAUUCGAGCCGCUAAUCCUACUGUUUCCCCUGAGACCACGAAAAAAGCACAAAAAUUGGCAUGGAACAUAGUAAACAGCCUACCAGGCUCAAAAGAAAUGUUUAGUGGUCCUAAAGGACACUCUAAUCCAGUUAAUGUACCAUCCAUGACAACGGCCCGUCCGCAAAGCCAUGUUGUCAAUUCACCCAGAUCCGACAUAUCAUCGAUACAUGGAUCACAGAACCACGUUGCUUGUCUUAGGAAAAGAUGUGAGCAGCCGAAAUCGAAAUCCCACUCGCCUAUACGCGUAUGUGCGUCUAACAAUGAACCAAAGCGGUUGGAAUCAGGAUUGCCCAACGUACCUCAAUCAGAUACCAAUACUAAACCUACGAAUUGCGGAAAUUUGGCCGAUGAUAUGCCUAAAACAUCAGCAUCUGAAGACAGUUUGGCGCAUAAAAUGGCUAUGGGUCUUAAAAAGCACAUCAGGUUGGAGUACAAGCACCUGUAUGAUAAACUAUGGGGUGAUGCAUAUUUUGCAUUUAACUUUGAUCAAAUGCUCACUUGUGCUAUGCGAAGCGCCAUCAUUUUUGAUAUUACCUAUUUAUUUAUAACUGUUACCAAGGAGCACAAACACUUCCUGUCUGUCAACAUGAACAUACACCGUGUGCUGAAAAGUAUAAUGCUGCAACAUGUUGAUGGUAUUUAUGCGUUUCUUGCCGUGUUAUCGGCACUUAAGCCUUUUCAUCACAUCGUGAUGUGUCUACUUGAGAUUUAUGUUAGGAUAAACGAGGAGGACAACAAGUCCGAGCGGCUGCUGAUCGAUGCAGUGCGGUCUUUGUUCAGGAUGGUAAACGAGAUCGAUAGCACAGCAAAUGAUAACGUAAAAGAGGCAAUCCUGCGAAAAUACUUGAUCAACCUGGCCGCGCUGUCCGCUGCAUGGCCUUUCUCAAUCGAUGAAAGUGAUUAA